AUCAGCGGCACUCUAUAAAUUCGCCACUCGUCAAACUUAGCAACUAGGUCAACACCAAACAUCAGCCUCAACAACCAACCACAAAAACAGAUCUACAACUCCAAAAUGCCAUCCUACCAUAUCACCGAGCCCCACCCAUCCAUCCCCGCCUCCCACUACUACCACGCCGGACGAGGUGGUGCCGGAAACAUCACUCGUGUUAACCCAAAGCACGUGACUUCCGGCCCUGAUGCCUCUGGACCCGCUUCCCUCGUCAAGCUCACUCCUCCUCCAUCCAACGCACUUUUCACUACAGGCCGUGGUGGUGCAGGAAAUGUCCAUCGCGAGAAGGAGCGCGCCAUGUUCAGUUUCGACGAGGAACUUGCCCAGCAAGAGCGCUUGAGGGAGCACGCAGCCCCUGUCUACCACAUCGGCCGUGGCGGCGCAGGAAACCUCGUUGAUGAGAUGCAUCCACGUACUUCACGCCAGAACUCGACAUCCUCUACGGACUCGGCUGAAAGCGGAGUCAGGCACUCGAUCGAAGGCGCUUGGCACCGGGUUAGCAAGCAGUUCUCUCGCCAGUAAAGUUUGACUGAGCGAUAAAUGAAUCUUGCAUUGCAUCUCGACACAGCAUGUUGCUUACUUUAUCCUCUGGUUCUUUCGACCGGAUCAUGCUUUCGCGAUUUUACGGACGGACGGGGUUGGGGGAGUUUUCACAUCAACGCGAUGACGAGCUGGUUCUGAUUCUCGACAUCGGCAUAUUGAUAUCAUGAGCAUGCAUGGCGUCUGGAAA